AUGGAGGAAGCGGUCACUUACACUGCUGGCGAUACUUCCUCGCCGCCUGACCUUAGACUCUUGCACUACAAUGACGUGUACCAUCUCGACUCCUCCUCUGCUGAGCCAGUAGGUGGUGUCGCCCGCUUCCAGACGGUGUGCAAAUACUACCGCAAUGAUGCCCGGUUUGAAGGCCAACCGGGACUGGUCACCUUGUUUUCGGGCGAUGCAUUCAAUCCGAGUUUGGAGAGUAGUGUGACGAAAGGAAGUCAUAUGGUGCCUGUCUUGAAUCUGAUCGGCACAGAUGCUGCUUGUGUGGGAAACCACGACCUAGACUUUGGCGUGAAACAGUUCCGCAGUCUUGCUUCGCAGUGUGACUUUCCCUGGCUUCUGGCAAACGUUACAGACCCUCAACUAGGCGAGGACGUGCCGUUAGGCAAUGCGUUAAAGACGACCAUCCUCACAGCCUCGAAUGGUAUCAAGAUCGGGCUCGUCGGGCUCGUCGAGCGCGAGUGGCUCGAUACAAUCAACUCAUUGCCACCGAAUCUAGUAUACAAGUCCGUGUCGGCGACCGCGAAGGAGCUGGUGCCUGGUCUGCGAGCGCAGGGCGCGGACAUUAUCAUCGCAGUAACGCACCAGCGCGAGCCGAAUGAUAACAAACUCGCGGAGAAGAUCCCUGAAGGUCUGAUUGACUUGGUCCUUGGCGGACACGACCACUACUACUCGCACACACUGAUCAAUGAGACGCAUGUUCUGAGAUCGGGCACCGACUUCAAACAGCUCAGUUACAUCGAGGCAAGGCGACGGUCAACACCAGGAAGAUGGGAUUUUCAUAUCGUUCGUCGAGACAUCACAUCGGAGAUUGCUGAGGAUGCAGAGAUGCUCGAGGUCACUAACGACGUGACGGAGUCGUUGAAAUCGAAACUCGAAAAACCUCUUGGGUAUACUGCUGCGCCGCUGGACGCUAGGUUCACGACUGUUCGCCUGAAGGAGUCGAAUCUAGGGAACUUCGUGUGUGAUUUGAUGCGGCAUUAUUACGAUGGCGAUUGCUGUUUGAUGGCAUCGGGGACUGUUCGGGGUGAUCAAAUUUAUCCGCCUGGAGUGAUUAAGUUGAAGGAUGUUAUGAAUUGUUUCCCGUUCGAAGAUCCUUGCAUUGUCAUUCGCAUAACGGGCGCCGCACUUUUGGCGGCCUUGGAGAAUUCCGUUUGUGCAUAUCCUGCAUUGGAGGGCCGGUUUCCCCAAGUUUCCAAUAUAUCUUUCGAAUUCGAUCCCUCGCUGCCUCCGAAUCAUCGCAUAAACUGGGCUAAAGUCGAUGGUGGACCGCUUGAUCUGGAGAGGAAGUAUGUCGUCGUGACGAGAGGGUAUAUGGGACGAGGGAAGGACGGAUUCGACUCUUUGCUCGUGGAAUCCGAAGGAGGACAAGCGGAGGAGAUUGUCUCUGAAGAGAACGGCAUCUUGAUCAGCAUGCUGCUUCGGCAGUACUUCAUGUCAUUGAAGAUCGUUGGUAAAUGGAAGCAUUGGGGCAAGAGCUUGAGCAGGCAUUGGGACGGUGUACAUGAAGACCUUCAUGAAACGCACCCUGUUGUCGAACCGAACCAGAAGGCGAUGCAAAACGAUUCGCGGAACACAAAACGGAGAAAAUCAGUGAUGACUACGCACUUGGACGACUCGGACGAUGAGAUCAGUCGCCCAGUCGAGGUUCAUGAGGAGGAAUGGAGUGAACGGGAGUUGCGGAUCAUACAACAAGUGAUGCGUAAGUGGAGGCGUCUGGCUGGACUGAAAGAGCAGGGCAAGUGCUGUGACAGCAUGAGCAUGGAGGAGUUUCAGGUCGACUGGACCAGGGCUAUCGCACCUAGACUGGAAGGGCGCAUUAGAAUGACCAAACAAGUUGCGGAAACAAAGACUUGA